CAUUGAUUUCGGACAUUCUUCCGCGGGAAAUUCAGUGAAACACGAACGAGCGAAAACGGUGUAUCCUGGCAUUAAAGAGUACAUGAAACGUUAAUGGUAGUGGUUGUUACUGCAGUCCACUUCGCAAAAUGUCAAAGAAGAAAGGACUGAGUUUGGAGGAGAAGAGAACUCGCAUGAUGGAGAUAUUUUUUGAGUCGAAAGACGUUUUUCAGCUGAAAGACAUUGAAAAGAUUGCUCCAAAGUCAAAGGGCAUAUCCCCCAUGACUGUGAAGGAGGUGCUGCAGAGCCUGGUGGAUGACAACAUGGUGGACUGUGAAAGAGUUGGAACGUCCAAUUACUACUGGGCCUUCCCCAGUAAGGCUGCCAAUGCCCGCAAGCACAAACUGGAGGAGCUCCAGAAACAGAUUUCAGAUGGGAAGCAGCGCAAACUGUCUGUACAGAAAGCAGUCGAAAAGGCAAAAGUGGGACGCCAAGAUACGAAAGAAAGAAGCUCUCUGCUGAAGGAGCUGCAGGCUCUGAGAGAGGAGCGAACGCAGCUGAACAGCGAGCUGGAUAAGUACCGCGAGUGUGACCCAGAAGUGGUUGAACAGAUGAGAAAGGCCAAUGUUGUAGCAAAAGAAGCCGUUUCCAGGUGGACAGACAAUGUUUUUGCCAUCAAGUCCUGGACAAAGAAGAAGUUUUCCUUCGAUGACAGCCGCAUCAAUAAAGCCUUUGGCAUACCUGAGGACUUUGACUAUAUGGAAUAAGGACUUUUUAGGGAGACACAAAAGUAUUUUGAAGCUUUUGUGUGAAAACUUCUUCCUGUUCUCUGCAUUUCUUGUCUUGUUUUCUGUGUUGGAGGGAAAAUGAAAGCAGCAUGAUCUACUCGUACAGCCCCGGGUGGGAUGUGGCUGAUUUUGCUGUUCCAGAUGGACUUUAUCAGCAGAUAUGUUGCUUUGGUGCAACCAGAGAGGAAGCUGAGCCAACCAUGAGUGGCUUUGAGGGGUGAAUGUUAGAGAGCAACCUGACUUCUUGGACACCUGUUUGCAUGAAAGCUGAGAGCUCCAAGCUGGUGAUGGAAAGGAAUCAGCACACUGCAUCUGUAUUUCAAACGGCUGCGUUGAUAUAGUUUAAACAGAUGGAUCGGGAAAUACUUUGGACCCCUUCCUCUCAGUUUGCUUUUCAUUUACUUUUCAGCAGUCGGUUGAGUUGACUUUGAAACGGGACUCAUGGCAGAAAAAAGUUGUGUAUGUUUAGGAUAUGUUGUAUGCACAGUGUAUGUAUUUUUCUUGUACGUUUAAUUUCUGUUAAAUCUUUCUUGAAUAUGCUUGUAUGGACAUAUAUUUUUUUUUAUUCAUUUGUUUUGUUCUGACUAAAGUUAGUAUGGAGUGUGUAAACAUUUACAACAUGGGUUUUGUGCUCUGGUCAGUUGCGAAGACCUCAAUAGAGCUCCUUACCAGGGCUACACUCUUAAUUUCAAAACAAAAAAAGGAACUAAGUGGUAUUGACAUGUGUAACAUGACUGCUGUUUCCCUCCUUCAGCUAAAAGAAAUGCCAAACGUGUAAAACUGGUAGCUAGCGCUCCGUGUUUACUUAUUUGACCUGGUUGAUGAGACCAAUCUGUCUUGGUUUGCUGAUUUGAAUUUCAAAUAUGUUCUGUGCUCAUCUUCCCCUGCUCAGUUUCCCUGCCAGUAAAUGAACAAGUUUCCCCCAGUUGCAAAUAAAGAUUUGCACAUUGAUUGUGCAGGUGAUAUGUCCUCAGUUUGGUACACUGCUAAGUGUAGCCACACUCAUCCUGCAAAGAAAAACCUAAAAGAACUUGACUUCUGGGCUGCAGUUUGCAGGGACACACCCACAUGUGUGAAACAUUGCUUCAUGCGUGUACCUGCCCAACCUGUCCUAGCAAUGAUUCAUGACCCUGACAUGCUGUGUGUCAACACUCAAAGAAAUUGGCACAUAGUUUUACCUGACAAACUCUGAGAGUGCAAUUACUGCUACUUGUCUCGUUAAAAGUGGCUCGUCCUCAAAAGAGAGCGAUAAAGUACACUGGUUCCUCC